UUCAGCCUGCGCUGGGGGCAGAGACGCUGGUCCCGAGGCCCUCCCCCGCCUUUGAUCCGCAGGGUGCCCUGUCCUUUGAGCCCGGCGGCUCCCUCCGGGCUGGCACUCUCGCCUUGCGGGCUCGUGGGACCCUUCGGGUGCACUCUGGUCCCGUGGCCUCGCGGGCUCGGAAGCGGGCGGGCGACAUGCUGCGUCUGCUGGCGUCCCGCUGCACCCGGGGCCUGGGGUCCAGCGUGCCUGCGCGUCCUGCCACCGGGCUCUGCCUCCYGGGGCGCAGCCCGAGCCGCCGGGCCUCCGACGUGCCCCGGAACCACCCGCCCAGCUCCGAGUUGGUGGCCCGGUCGGUGGGCAUCUGCUCCAUGAUGCGCCUGCCCAUGCAGACCUCCCCGGAGGGGCUGGACGCUGCCUUCAUUGGGGUGCCCCUGGACAUUGGGACCUCCAACCGGCCCGGUGCGAGAUUCGGGCCCCGACGCAUCCGGGAAGAAUCUGUGAUGCUCCAGACAGUCAAUCCUAGCACCGGGGCCUUGCCCUUCCAGUCCCUCAUGGUAGCUGACCUGGGCGAUGUGAAUGUCAAUCUUUACAACCUUCAGGACAGCUGCCGGCUAAUUCAAGAAGCCUAUCAGAAAAUAGUAGCAGCUGGUUGUGUUCCUCUGACCUUGGGUGGAGAUCACACAAUCACGUAUCCCAUAUUGCAAGCACUGGCAAAAAAGUAUGGCCCUGUGGGGCUGCUGCAUGUGGACGCCCACCUGGACACAGCCGACAAGGCCCUGGGGGAGAAGCUCUACCAUGGGACACCCUUCCGGCGGUGCGUGGAGGAGGGGCUCCUGGACUGUCAGCGGGUAGUGCAGAUUGGCAUCCGGGGCUCUUCCAUGACCCUGGAUCCCUACAGAUACAACAGGAACCAGGGCUUCCGUGUGGUCCUGGCUGAAGACUGCUGGAUGAAGUCGCUGGUCCCUCUGAUGGCGGAGGUCAGGCAACAGAUGGGAGGCAAACCCCUUUACAUYAGCUUUGAUAUUGACGCCUUGGAUCCUGCCUAUGCCCCGGGGACAGGGACGCCUGAAAUUGCUGGUCUCACCCCUAGUCAGGCUCUGGAGAUCAUCCGGGGCUGUCAGGGCCUAAACGUGGUGGGCUGUGAUCUUGUGGAGGUUUCCCCGCUGUACGAUCUCUCUGGGAACACAGCCCUCCUGGCGGCUAACCUGCUGUUUGAAAUGCUGUGUGUUCUCCCUAAAGUGGCAACUGCCUGAACCUUGUCUCUUCUAGACAAAAUGGAUGCACUACCAACCACUCCUCAGGAGCUUACUAGCGAGCAGUCGGAGUACUGAAGAGGGUAGGCCAGGGUAGCUUGCUGCUCAGGGUCAUUGGUGGCUAUAGAACAAGGACAUUCAGAAUUCUAACCCAAACACAUUUCUAAGGGUUUCAAUUGACUUUAAAAACUGAGGCAUUUGACACUGCUUAGGUUUUUUUUUUUUCCUUUGAUCAAAGAUGGAGGAGGAGAAGAAGUGGAGGGAGAAUUUCACUCAAGGUCAUCUAAAAAUGGGAUGAAGGAAUAAAAAAAUUAUGAAAGGACAGUGUAAAGACUCCACAUUUCUAUACUCUUCCUUUAAGAUAGAGCUCCUUUGGGCUGGGGAUGUG